AUGCCGCGCCUGGCCCCCGCGCGCCAGCUCCCCGGACUCCUGCUGCUCUGGUCGGUGCUGCAGCUGCUGCCGCCCCCCGCCGCCCCCGGCCCCUUGGACCGCCCGGGUGUCCGGAGGCUGGGGACCCGCGGCCCGGCCGGCAGCCCCGGGCGCCGCCCGGCUCCCACCCGCGCGCCCUAUUCCGGGGCCAGCGAGCCAGGUGGGAAUCGCGGCGCAGGUGUUUGCAAAAGCAGGCCCUUGGAUUUGGUGUUUAUCAUCGAUAGUUCCCGAAGCGUGCGGCCCCUGGAAUUCACCAAAGUGAAAACCUUUGUCUCCCGGAUCAUUGAUACUCUGGACAUUGGGGCAGCUGACACGCGGGUGGCCUUGGUGAACUAUGCCAGUACAGUGAAGAUUGAGUUCCAGCUGCAGACCUACGCAGAUAAGCAGUCCCUGAAACAAGCCGUAGCUCGAAUCACACCCUUGUCCACAGGCACCAUGUCGGGGCUGGCCAUCCAGACAGCCAUGGAUGAAGCCUUCAGAGUGGAGGCAGGGGCUCGGGGGCCUACUUCCAACAUCCCUAAGGUGGCCAUCAUCGUGACAGAUGGGAGGCCCCAGGACCAGGUGAAUGAGGUGGCUGCCCGGGCCCGGGCAACUGGCAUUGAGCUCUAUGCUGUGGGUGUGGACCGGGCAGAUAUGGAGUCCCUCAAGAUGAUGGCCAGUGAGCCCCUGGAUGAGCACGUGUUCUAUGUGGAGACCUACGGGGUCAUUGAGAAACUCUCCUCUAGAUUCCAGGAAACCUUUUGUGCCCUGGACCCGUGUGCGCUGGGCACACACCAGUGCCAGCACGUGUGCGUCAGUGACGGCGAGGGUCGCCACCACUGCGAGUGCAGCCAGGGCUACACCCUGAACGCCGACAAGAGAACGUGCGCAGCUAUCGAUAAGUGUGCUCUUGGCACGCACGGGUGUGAACACAUUUGUGUGAACGACAGGACUGGCUCUUAUCACUGUGAGUGUCACGAGGGUUACACCUUGAACGAAGACAGGAAGAGUUGUUCCGCUCAAGACAAAUGUGCUUUUGGUACACAUGGCUGUCAGCACAUUUGUGUGAACGACAGAGAUGGGUCUCAUCACUGUGAAUGCUACGAGGGCUACACUCUGAAUGCAGAUGGGAAGACGUGCGCAGUCCAGAACAAGUGUGUCUUGGGCACUCACGGCUGCCAGCACCUGUGUGUGAGUGACGGGGCAGCCUCCUACCACUGUGACUGCUUUCCUGGCUACAACCUGAACGAGGACAAGAAGACGUGCUCAGCCAUUGAAGAGGCACGGAGACUCAUUUCCACGGAAGAUGUCUGUGGGUGCGAGGCCACACUGGCUUACCAGGAGAAGGUCAGCUCCUACCUCCAGAGACUGAACACCAAACUUGAUGACAUUUUGCAGAAGUUGCAAGUAAAUGAAUAUGGACAAGUACAUCGUUAA